UCGCCAACUCCCAAAUCUGUCUCCGCUCUCCGUCGCUUUCCUUCCCACGAACACGAUCCGGCUCUGCUUCUUCCGUCCUCGCGGAAAAGGAGCCCCAAAAACGGGUUUGAUUGGAUUCCGUUCUUCUUCCUUCCUCCUCCUCCUUUUGGGUGCUCGUCGAUCGAUGCGGAGAGCCGGAAAUCUCUCCUGAUCGCUUUUGAUUCCCCUCGAGGUAAUCCCUUCAUCGCUCCUCUGCUUUAUCGAUUCCAACCUACAUCAUCGGCAUCCAAGACCGAUCGGCUCAAAAGGUUUCGAUUCUUCUCCUCCUUUUCUUUCCAAGCAAUUUUUUACCCCUUUCCAAGAAUAGUGACUGGGAGCAGGCCAAGCAACGGGACUGGACCUCUCUCGUUCCCCGUCUCAUUCGGCAUUGAUGCGUACGAGAACAUCCCUAUUAGGGAUGUUAACAGACGGACCUAAUCGUACAAGGUCUUCGUACGGUAUACAUGGCUGUGACGAUCACACACGCCAUGGCAUUGGAAUCGGUGUCGGUUCGCGCAUCCCAUUCUCGCUUGGAGUUCAAUCGAUGGAUUCGAAGGCCUAUGCAUUCGAGCUUCAAUGCAUAACCAUGAUAGGUCGUGUUUGUCGCAUGUUGACAGGAAAGAUUAGCUUCGAAUGUUAGUUAAGUAGAACGUCCAAUGAAGUCUGCAAGCUGUUGCGGUGGUGAGCAUUGGAAACUAUAUCUGUGCGUUGAAACCUCUUCCAACAAUUGAAUUGUCCUUUCCUUAGCUUUAUCAUUGCAAGUGGCCACCUAAAAUAAAAAAAACCAUACUGUAUCUGUUCUCAAUCACAUGUAAUUAUAGGGUGAUAAGCAUCACGAUUGUUCCAAUUGCGCCUCAGGUGAUACUCUGAUGCAGGAAAAAUAUUUACUGGGGAGAUCUCUUCAUGGAUUAAAUGAGGUUUAUCCACCUGUCGUUACUUAUUGGCUAAUUACAGGAGGUUAAAGGAAUGAUUAAUAGUUACGUGGCUGCACGCUAUCCUCCUUCAUACCAGCCUUCUCAUUGGAGAGAGAGCAGCCGACGUGGGACCACCGGUGCGCUUCCUGGGAAGGUCAGAGAUGCGGGUAACUUUGUUCCUCGAACUCCUGGGCCGUUGUCGACGCGUGCACCAACGUAACGCCUUGGCAGCUAACGAAACGGAGCAACGUCGCCGUCCAUCUUUUCAAUUGGACGGCCCUGAUUUCUCGACGAUCACUAAAAGCUUUCGCGCUUCCGUGGGCUCAUCCACACUGCAAGCAACACCGUCGAACACAAGUGCAGUCGGUUCUUAUCGUUAAAGAUUGCACGCAUUAAGAAGAUAUCCUUGUCAUGUAAAGUUGACGAAGCUAAGCAGAGAUGGAUCACAGCGAGGGCGGUGAGGACAUCGAGAGUACCGUGGACGAGGCGGCAGCGCCGAGGGAGAUGAAGAGGAAUGGGUCAAACUUCUUCGAUGACAAGGAGGCGGGCAUGAGGGAGCCCCUCCUCAGGCGGCGCACCAUGAAUACCACGUCGCAGCUUGCCGUCGUUGGCGCCAACGUCUGCCCCAUCGAGAGUUUGGACUAUGAGAUUGUGGAGAAUGACCUAUAUAAAGAAGAUUGGAGAUCAAGGAAAAAAGCUCAGAUAUUUCAGUAUGUAGUUCUUAAGUGGACCCUUGCACUUCUUAUAGGCUUGGUCACUGGGCUAGUUGGAUUUUUCAACAACCUUGCUGUGGAGAAUAUAGCUGGAUUUAAGUUGUUGCUGACAAGUAAUCUUAUGCUGAAGCAUAGUUAUCACAAAGCAUUUGUUGUAUAUGCUGGCUGCAACUUAGUUCUGGCAGCAGCUGCUGCUGCCUUAUGUGCUUAUGUUGCGCCUGCGGCAGCUGGAUCUGGCAUUCCUGAAGUUAAAGCUUAUCUAAAUGGUGUUGAUGCUUAUUCAAUAUUGGCUCCUAGUACACUCUUUGUGAAGAUAUUUGGCUCCAUAGGGGGAGUUUCUGCUGGAUUUGUCUUGGGUAAGGAGGGGCCUAUGGUACACACUGGAGCAUGCAUAGCUUCCCUUCUUGGUCAGGGUGGAUCACGCAAGUACCGUCUAACAUGGACAUGGCUCAGAUACUUCAAGAAUGAUCGAGAUCGUCGAGAUCUGAUAACCUGUGGGGCAGCUGCAGGUGUGGCAGCUGCCUUUAGAGCCCCAGUAGGUGGGGUCCUCUUUGCCCUUGAAGAAGCAGCAUCUUGGUGGCGAAGUGCCCUUCUUUGGAGAACAUUUUUCACAACAGCAGUAGUUGCUGUGGUAUUGAGAACUUUUAUAGACUUCUGCCGCAGUGGAAACUGUGGUCUCUUUGGGCAGGGAGGAUUGAUAAUGUUUGACCUCAGCUCCAGUGUUCCUGCAUAUGGAACACCUGAUCUGAUCGCAGUGAUAGUUCUUGGUAUUGUUGGUGGUAUUUUUGGAAGUCUGUACAACUUUCUCAUUGACAAGACACUUCGCACAUAUAGCAUCUUCAAUGAGAGAGGAGCUCCAUUCAAGAUCCUUCUCACAGUUGCUGUCUCCCUGUUGACUUCUUGCUGCUCAUAUGGACUUCCAUGGCUGGCCAAAUGCACCCCAUGCCCUCCAGAUGCACAUGAUCAAUGCCCAACCAUUGGUCGCUCUGGCAACUAUAAGAAUUUCCAAUGUCCUCCAAACCAGUACAAUGACCUUGCCUCCCUCUUUCUCAACACCAAUGAUGAUGCUAUUCGUAAUCUUUUUAGUGGUGGCACUGACAAUGAGUUCUGUCUUUCUACACUUUUCAUCUUUUUCAUUGGAGUUUAUUGCCUUGGCAUUGUUACUUAUGGCAUUGCCGUCCCUUCUGGCCUCUUCAUCCCUGUCAUAUUGGCUGGAGCCUCAUAUGGUCGUCUAGUGGGCACCUUUCUUGGUUCUUUAUCUAAACUAGAUAAAGGAUUGUUUGCCCUCCUUGGCGCAGCUUCCUUUCUUGGAGGAACUAUGAGAAUGACAGUCUCAGUUUGUGUCAUACUACUUGAGCUCACCAAUGAUCUUCUGAUGCUCCCCUUGGUAAUGCUUGUUCUCCUUGUGUCCAAAACUGUUGCUGAUUGCUUCAACAAAGGAGUUUAUGAUCAAAUGGUGAAGAUGAAGGGUUUCCCUUUCAUGGAGGCUCAUGCUGAGCCUUACAUGAGAAACUUGGUGGCCAGUGAUGUGGUCUCAGGCCCACUCGUUACCCUCUCUGGGGUUGAAAGGGUGGGAAAUAUAGUUCAUGCCAUACGAUUGACAGGUCAUAAUGGAUUUCCGGUAGUUGAUGAGCCACCUUUCUCAGUUGUACCAGAACUGUGUGGACUUGUACUAAGAACACAUCUGCUUGUGUUGCUCAAGGGAAAGAGAUUUACAAAGGAGAGAGUGUCAACCGGGGCAGCAGAUGUUUUGCAGAGAUUUGGUGCAUAUGAUUUUGCGAAAGCAGGAUCUGGUAAGGGUGUGAAAUUGGAGGAAAUAGAUAUCAAUGAAGAGGAGAUGGAAAUGUAUGUUGAUCUCCACCCAAUUACUAAUAGAUCACCAUACACAGUGGCGGAGACCAUGUCUCUGGCAAAGGCUGCAAUUCUUUUCAGAGAGCUCGGACUGAGGCAUCUAUGUGUUGUGCCAAAGACUCCAGGGAGGCCUCCUAUUGUCGGGAUUCUUACACGACACGAUUUCAUGUCAGAGCACAUUCUAGGGCUUUUUCCUCGUAUCAAGCACCAUGGGUAGCACGAGGCACUAUCAAUGUGCCACAACCUUCUGUUAAUUGUUGGGCUAUGUAAGAUGCAAUAUAGAUUCAUCAACAUCUUAGUUGCAUUAUUUCGUUGGAGAUAGGUGACGAGCUACUGGAGAAAGUAGUUUACAUUGCUUUCUGUUCAUACUUCAAUGUAAAACUUGUCGUCGUUGUGUUCCGCAUUCUGCAUCUUGAGAAUAUGUUCAAGAAGUAAAUGCAUUCAAAAUACGCUUCAAGCUGCUGUAGUACAUUGAAAUGCGGCAUUUAUCUGGUCUUCUCUUUAUUUUUC